GCCCCGUGUGACUUAGUAGCACGGCAGUAUUCGAGUGAACCGCAACAUUUGAUUCAACACCCGCGGGUACUAAGAGCACAUGCCAAAAGUUUGCAGCAGGCGGCUGAUUGAUUCGCGCGAAAUUUUAGAAAAGUGUAACAAAUUUAAUCAUACAAAGUAGCUGCCCGGUUCAACUAGCUGGACAUAAUUUGUGCUUGUAAAUAAAAGUUUGUUAUCGUUCAGUUUUGGGAAGUUUCACGUGUGUUCAGUGGGAAGGUGAUAAUAGUGUGUUGAUAAGUUUGUACGUGAGUCAUGCAUCCAGCGUUCGAAAAUGCCGGCACUAGCGAAGGUCUCGAGGUGUGGAGAAUUGAGAACUUCGAACCAGUGCCAGUACCGAAGAAGACUUAUGGGAAAUUCUACACCGGAGAUUCCUAUAUCGUAUUGAAUACCAAAGUGACCAGAGGUAAAGCCUUCUCGUGGGACAUACAUUUUUGGCUGGGCUCGGAGACCAGCCAGGAUGAGGCCGGCUCAGCGGCUUUCCUGACCGUCCAACUGGACGAUCGUCACAACGGAGCCCCGGUGCAGCAUCGUGAGGUUCAGGAUCACGAAUCUAGUCUGUUUCUAAGUUACUUCCCCGGUGGCGUUCGAUACGCCGAGGGCGGUGUACAGAGUGGCUUCAAUGAGGUCGAAACCAAUGCCGCCGGAGAGAAGCGUCUGUUUCACGUCAAGGGUUCCAAGAAUGUGCGAGUGCGACAGGUGCCGGUAGGAAUCGCUUCCAUGAACACGGGCGAUUGUUUUAUCUUGAAUGGUGGUUACGAUAUUUACAUCUAUGUGGGACCGAGGUCAAAGCGGGUGGAGAAAAUAAAGGCCAUUAGUGCUGCCUGUCAGAUCCGAGACCAAGACCAUGCGGGCCGAGCCAAUGUGCAUAUAGUUGAUGAAUUUGCGAGUGCCGCCGAUCAGCAGGAAUUUUUCGAUGCCCUCGGCGAAGGAUCACCGGAUGAAGUGGUAGAAGAAUCGGAAUGUGAUGAUGAGUAUGAAGAGAGUGUUUCUAAAUCGGUCACCUUGUACAAAGUUUCCGAUGCUAGUGGUAGUCUGGAAAUUAUUCCCGUUGGUGAACGGCCUCUGAAACAGAGCAUGCUAGACUCUGACCAGGACUGCUUUAUUCUGGAUACCGGUGCAUCUGGAAUAUUUGUAUGGGUUGGAAAAGGGGCAACCGCACAAGAACGAGCACAAUCUAUGGUUAAAGCACAGGAAUUCAUCUCCAGCAAAGGCUACCCGGUGACUACCCAGGUGCACCGUGUGAUUGAGAAUGGUGAGAAAACCGAUUUCAAACAAUAUUUUGCCAGCUGGCAAGAUAAGGGACUUGCCCAUAGUCACCUGAUUAAAGCAGCAAUGGACGACGAUAGUUCGGAUGGUGGCGAAGAACGGGAGUUCGACCCCGAAAUAUUACAUAUGUUUAAAAAGAACGGAGGCCGAGCCCUUGGUUUCAUGCCGGAUAACGGCCAGGGAGAAGCGGAAAUUUGGCGCGUCGAGAAUUUCGAGCUGAUUCCUUGCGAGCCACAAACCUAUGGAAUGUUUUUCGGAGGCGAUUCGUACGUCAUCAAGUAUGAAUACCGUAAUAAACGGGGCGGUCACGGUUAUAUCCUGUACUACUGGCUAGGUAACGAAUCAACUACAGACGAAAAAGCGGCCGCAGCUAUGCACACAGUCCGUUUGGACAACGAACUGAACGGGAAAGCGAUUCAGGUUCGGGUAACCCAAGGCAACGAACCGCGACACUUCUUGAAGAUCUUCAAGGGCAAACUAAUCAACUUCACCGGAGGACAUGCAUCUGGUUUCAAAAAUAUUCACGAUCAUGAUUCGUACGACGUUGACGGAACGCGACUGUUCCGAAUCAGAGGAACUUGCUCCGACGAUGUCCGAGCCGAUCAGCUUCCGGAGGUCGCCAGCUCGCUAGCUUCUGAUGAUGUUUUCAUCCUUGAAACUCCAUCCGCAACCUACAUCUGGCAUGGUGUCGGUGCUUCCGAGUCAGAGAAAGAAAUGGCAGCUAAAAUUGUUUGGAUCAUCUCACCUAACGUAACGCCUCAGCUGAUCUCCGAAGGUGCUGAACCGGACGAGUUCUGGACUGCUCUCGGCGGACAGGGAGAUUACGAUCGAGAACUCGAUCCAGCUGGGCCACCUUUCUUGAACCCACGACUGUUCCACUGUAGAAUACUGUUCAACAAGCGUCUCCGAGUGGAGGAGGUUCCUCAUUUUGAGCAAGAUGAUCUCAACGUAGACGACGUCAUGGUACUGGACGGCGGUGACGAAAUCUAUGUCUGGAUCGGUAACGGAGCCACCGAAGAGGAACGCACCAAAUCGAUCGACAUGGCCAAACAGUACAUCCGAACGGAUCCAUCCGAGCGAAAUGAGCACACCGUUCCGAUCAUCAUACUAAAACAGGGCGAAGAGCCUCGUAGUUUCAAGCGAAUGUUCCCCUCGUGGAAUGAUGGUCACUGGGAGUCGCAGCCAUCGUACGAGACUAUAAGGCAACAGGCCUUGGACCAAAACCAACCUCGCGUGUAAAGUGAACAAACAAUAUAUCCGCACAAACAUGCAUAUUUAUUUUCUGUAAUAAAUCGAACAUUUUUUCUUGUCAACUUACACAAAUAAAGUAUUUGUUCAAAGCAGUAA